GAUGAUUACACCCUUAUAUAUUCGUUUCUUUCCAGAGUCCACAUCUAUUGCGUGUACAUUGACUUCUUGCUAAACGAAGGAAACAAAUAGAUUGAAUAAGACACCUGGCCUGUAAGCUCAUGGUUAGAGAGCGUUGAGGUGAAGAUGUUUUCGCUGCAUGGAUUCUCUGUCGUGGGAGCGGUUUUUUUAAUUGCGCUACCGUGCUUUGAGGUCAACUUGAUUUUGGAAUCUGUUGGGCCCAAGAAUUUUUUUUACAAAGCAAUGUGUGGGACACCCCUUUUCUUUAUACUAAUGCUGCUACACACAAAGCUAGUAAUCGCUAUAGUGCGUGACAGUAUACGAUCUUCGAACUACUUGCACAGAGCUUAUACAGAAGAGCAACUUAAAGAAAUGCACAUGGAAGCGAUACGUCUUGGGCGGGCGAAGAAGUUAUAUGAUUCUGAGAUUUCGACGGUGAGGCCUGUUGUCCAUAUUGAAACCUCUAAGCCCGAUAAGAACUUAAAGAAGAGUCCAAUCCUUAAUCUGGAUGAUGUCAUCCGGCGUUACGCAUGGAUAAUUCUGUAUAAGGAAGCAUAUAUUAUGGAAGACAAUAUGAUCAAGUACCAGAAAAGUUACACCUGUCAGGUGGACUGGGCGGCACUGACCUUUGAGCACAAGGUCACCAAGUUUAUUCCCAUCAUGGUCAAGGACGGAACUGUGUUUGAAACCACCCGGGGGGGAAUACAAGCAGGAACAAAAUGGGUGACGCUCGUGUCGUGUUACCUGGACAAUGAAUCCGACAUCAAACAGAGCAAUACUUUCAGAGGAUCACGUGACACAACAACAUGGAUGGAGGUGUACCUGGAACAAUGUUACACGGUCGACAAACAGGUGUGUGUCCAAAUAAACCUCCCUCAAAUCCCUCAUUUUCCGAUGGACAAAGACAUACAGCUCUGUCUGAAUGAGAUCAAAGGCCGUGUUUUCGAAGAGAUUCGCACCUGGCGAGUCAACACACAGGUUGAAGUUGAGCCACUGUCUCGAGCCCAUGCUCAGCUGUUAGCGAGACAAGAGUGCUUUGCAUUUGAGUUUGAGAUUCGAACCACUUUGUCGAACCCGGCAGGAAAAGUCCGUGUUGACUUUAAAGGACUUUAUACACACAGGCAAAGUGUGGAUAUUGAAAACUUACAUGAGGUUUUUCAACUUGUCGAAGAUGGCGGAGUUCUUAAGCCAGAAGAAAAAGCAUGUGUGGACAUGAUGGUGGAGAAGUGGCUGGACGAAGAUGGCGUGGAGCACUCGACUACCUACCCUCAGAUCAUCACCCGGGGCACCUGUGUCUGUCUCAGCUGGACUGACCAGAGAGUGGACAUCAAGACCAGUCAAAUCUCACUCGACGACUACAUAUCUGAUGGUGACGUCAGCGACAACAAAUCGGCCGGCAACCUGAUGAACCAAGACGUUAAUGGCGGAUCAUAUUUCAGCUAGUGGCGAUGAUCAUAAUUCAGCUAGUGGCGAUGAUCAUAUUUCAGCUAGUGGCGAUGAUCAUAUUUCAGCUAGUGGCGAAACUAAAUGAACUCAUAACCCAACCCAACUACAGCACUGUGUGUAACCUAAUGAAACCUAAGCCUUAAGAACAAAGCAGGCUAUUCACGUAUCAUGAGCAAGGCUUAUCGACCUGAGCUAAUUUACUUUUUUUUAAAAUAAGUAUCUCAGUGAUUUUCAACUAUUAUAAAGUUUUAAAAUUAUUUUUAAAAAUGUGUUUUUUACAUUCCUCUAAUAAGAAUAUUGAAUAAAAGC